UUUGAUCAUUUCCUCUCGGUACACAUUUAUGUGCCAUUGGUAACUAGCUAGCGUAAAACGGAUGGUAUUUAGUGCUCUAUUUUCGUAUUUGCUGAGUGAGAGACUGAGUGCCUGUCGAUUAUAAUUUACCAUCAUCAAUAUUCAAUAAAGGAGUCGAGUCUAUACGAUAGUUUGUAUAAAGUACAUUCCCUUGUCGAAUAUUAGUCAUUCAACCAAACGCAGUAUUCAGUAACAGUUGAAUAUUCAAUAUGCCUCAAUCAAAGAAGGAUAUAAGGAAUGCCCAGCAAAGAAAGGCCAAGGCCGAGGGAACUGAGACAAAGCUAACAAAGAGUGGUCACCCUGUCAAGGCGGAGAAGCCCAAGAACAAGUGCAUGAAGUGUCUGAAGGAGUUUGUCAUGCAUCCUAAGAACAAGAAAGAACAGAUCGAGCACCACGCCAACAAGCACCCCAAGGAAACUUUCGACGCCUGUUUCCCAGGAUACUAAAUGACACAACCCACCUAGAGGAGGCCGCCAGAGCCCGAGGCUAAUGCACAAACUUAUAUAUAUAUAUAUAUAUAAAUUUAAUAUAUGAAAGGGGAAAUAUUCAAAUAUGAAGGCUUACGAGCGUCGGCUAAAAUAUGCCGCGGGUUUUGGCUUCCCAUGAAAGCCGGUAGUGCUGCUGACACUACUACUGUAUUCAAACAGUCUAAUUUGUUCAAAACAUGAGAAGAACUUCUAGAUUAAAACCAAUUAACUUA